AUGCCCUCAACCAAGAAAUACACAGCUCAAGACCUCGGAGCCUUCCUCGAUGGCUCAUUCAUCGGUGAUCCCACCGAAGCGCGUUCCUUCUGUGAACAAAACAUGAAUCCCAAACUAGUCCGGUUCGCUGCCGAAGGUGAUCGAACAGACUUUGAGCAGGCAGUGGAGAAAGUCGAACUUUUCCGCGCGAACUGCUUCCGAUUAUCUUGGUGGCGAGGAAUAGUGGUUCUAUAUCAGAUAGUUAUGAUGUUCGGUUUCGGUAUCAUUGGAAGAAAAGGCACCAAUUUCAAAGAGCCCCCCCCAGUUUAUGUCCAUUGUAUACUGGCUGCCGAAAGCAUUCUGCAACUGAAUUUAGUCUACUCCCUACGGAGUAAGUGCUUGCCGACCGGUCAACUUCCGACGCUAAGACGCGGCCCCCAAAAGCUUUAUCAAUAA